AUGAAUGACAACGACCGAGACAAGCUCGGCCGCUUUUUUGCCGUCUAUUGUCAAUUCAAUUACGACCCGCAAGAGCCAUCGGCGACCGCCUACAGCCGCCUCGUUGCUUUUUACGGAUGGAAGACGGAUAGCAAAAAGGAACGAAAAGCCAGAAAGGGGUUUCAAAAGGCGCUUGCAGACCAAUUUGAGCAGCUGUAUGGUCACGACGACAACAAGCUGGACGUGCUGCAGAUACUUUGCGGCAAGAUUGGAAUCUCUCCUGUUCCAAACACCAUCACGUCGUGCAAAAAGGCCAUACAAAAGUAUCACGUCAAUAUCUACGACUUUAUUGACUCCGAGCGAACUGGCGAGCCUGUUCGAAAGUUUACAAACUUGCGGAAGUUUCAAGCAUACACGGAGGACAAUGGCAAGGUCUUUCCAAAGAAGAAGGCGAAGAGUAACGCGCUGUUGAGGUUCCUUCUUCGUCCUGUCUUUUAG